GCCACUCCUCCUCUUUCAUAAGCUUCCUAUUCACUCCAUCAGCCGAGCUCAUUGUUUUUCAGGAACUCUAUCGACUCACAUCUCACGGAUACUGAAGCUUUUCUUCAGACAUGUUUCGGGUCUCGUCGCCCGCUGCGGCUGUGCUCACGCUGCUGUUUGUGUUCCAGGCUGUUACUGUGGUAACGGGCAAGUCUGGAAUCCAUCAAGAGAGAAGAAAAAGGGAAUGGAUUCUUCCUCCAUUGCCACUCAAGGAAAAUAAGGACUACACAAAAGACCAAUUUAUCGCAAAAAUUCGAUCUGAUUUGAAAGAAAAAAAACAAUUGCAAUACUCUCUGGAAGGCGUCGGUGCGAGCAAGGCGCCCUACCAUGUGUUUACAGUAGAUCAUGAAUGGGGAUGGAUUCAGGUCAACAAAAUUCUGGACAGGGAGGAAAUCGAUGUCUACAAUCUGCUUGGUGUUGCUAAAGCCAAAAAUGGUAGCGAGCCCGAGACGAAAAUUGGCAUAAGAAUCAUAGUUGAAGAUGAGAAUGACAAUUCGCCAAUUUUUCAUACUGAAAAGCCAGGGGCGGUGAAGGAGCUUAGCAUUGCAGGGACAUCAGUGAUGAAAAUAAAUGCAACUGAUAUGGAUGAACCAGGGAAUGACAACUCUAAGAUCAGCUACAGACUCAUCAGUCAGAAUCCACCACAUGACAUGUUCUAUCUUAAGAAAGAUGGGACCGUUUGUGUCAAUAGUGCUCUUCUGGACAGAGAGAAACAGAACAAGUACACUCUGACAGUGAUAGGGGCAGACUUAGAUGGCAGACCAGGCGGAAAUACCGGCACCGGCACUGUUACCAUCAAUGUCCUGGAUGUGAAUGACAACCUGCCCACUCUGGAAAAAGAGGAGUUUGAGGGAGAAAUUGAAGAAAACACAAAAGAUGUGGAGGUGAUGAGACUCAAAGCAAGUGACCUGGAUCUGGAGGGCACAGAAAACUGGGAAGCCGUGUUUGACAUCGUGAAAGGCAAUGAAGCGGGGUACUUCAGUGUUAAAAAAGACCCAAAUAAAAACGAGGGGAUCCUAAUGCUGGUCAAGCCCGUGGAUUAUGAGAAGGUGAAGAGCCUCAAUCUUGGAAUUGUUGUGAGAAAUAAAGUUCCACAACACGAUGGAUCCACGGCAUUAGUUCAUGAUCUAAAUUAUGAGGGAGAUCAAGAAGGAGCAGGGGGAGGAGGGGGAGGAGGAGGAGGAGGAGGAGCAGGAGCAGGAGGAGGAGGAGCAGGAGGAGGAGGAGGAGGAGGAGCAGGAGGAGGAGGAGCAGGAGGAGGAGGAGGAGCAGGAGGAGGAGGAGGAGGAGGAGGAGGUGGAAGCAGCGGCACUGGAUCCUCAUGGCAAAGUGGGACCAAAUUAAAAUCCUAUCCACUCAAAAUCAAAGUGAAGAACGCACCGGAGGGUCCAGCCUUCAUCCCUAAAGUCAAAGCCAUCCCCCUCUCAGAGGGAGGCAGCACCGUCAAAGUUAAUGAUGUCAUUGCACGCUACCCUGCAAUAGACGGAGACACUCUGGAACCUGCUAAGAAAGUCAGGUAUGCAAAAGGCUCAGACCCUGACAACUGGCUAACCAUCGAUCCAAAGACAGCAGAGAUCAAACUGAACAAGCUUCCCGACAGAGAAUCUCCAUACCUGGUCAAUGGGACAUAUUUGGCUAAAGUUCUGUGCAUUAGUGAAGAGAUGCCCUUUACAACAGCCGUCGGCACCGUCGCCAUCCAGGUGGAAGAUUUUAACGACAACUGUCCCAUCGUGACCAGUAACCACCAGACAAUGUGUAUCACGGCUAAUUCUGUUAUUGUCACCGCUAAAGAUGAGGAUGUGUUUCCCAACGGAGCCCCUUUUGUCUUCAACAUCAUCCCAGAAGGAACUGAGGGUAAAUGGCAGGUGGAGCCUCUUAAUGACACCGCAGCUAUCCUGAGGGCUCAGGAGAAAAAGUGGCCUGGUUUCUUUAAGGUGACAUUUGAGGUGAAAGAUGCACAAGGAGAGGCCUGUUCAAAACCACAGGAAGUAGAAGUCCAAGUUUGUACCUGUGAGGAUGGAGUAAUGUGUGGGAAACGAGGAGCUCAAGGUCAGAUGGAAAAAGGAGCAGGACUGGGACCCGGAGGCAUUGGCCUGCUAUUUCUGGGCUUGCUGCUGUUACUACUUAUUCCUCUGUUGCUGCUCUUCUGCCAAUGUGGAGGGGCUGCUGGUAUGUCAGGGGGCUUUAAAGAAAUGCCUUUUGACACAAAGUCACACCUCAUCAACUACCGCACUGAGGGCCAGGGAGAGAACACGGAGGUGCCACUGAUAAACUUGCCAACACAAAUGGAUGGAGGUUUGGCAAUGAGUAACAUUCAGACAACAAUGGCGCCCAUGACAAGUAUGGGAUUCCAGCACUCCGUCGCCUCCAUGGAUAUGAUAAACGGGGGAGGAUAUAUAAGAGAAGGGGCGUGGGGGACGAUGAACGAGCACCAUGGCAGUGGCUUCUAUUCCGAGAUGGAGAGCAGAGAAUCCGGAUUGGGUGGAGGACUUUUUGAUGGCAUGGCUCUGCCAGACUACGUCCUUGCAGAUUACUACUCUCAGAAGCUGGCCAGUGGAAAUGAGAACCUUGGAGUUAAGGACUCCAUUUUGGUGUAUGACUAUGAGGGCAAUGGCUCCCCUGCUGGCUCAGUGGGCUCAGCGGGCGACCUGGAGUCUGACGACAUACACUUCCUUGAUGACCUCGGGCUAAAGUUCACGACCCUUGCUCAGGUGUGCGGAGGCAAGAAGAUCCAAACUGAAGUCAAAAAAGUGAGGGCUCCCGCUCAGACUUCAGUGUCAAGGGUUAUUACUGCCCAACAGCUGCCCCCUCCACCCCAGGUGCAGCCGACCAUCCCGCAAGCAGAGCGCACUGUGGUCAGGGAGACCGUGAAGGAAAGCACAGUGAGAGAAGGGAUGACCAGAGUGAAUGAAGGAAUGACCAGAGUGAAUGAAGGGAUGACCACAGUGAACGAAGGGAUGGCAAAUCAAGGCCAGAUGUUCAUGCUACAGCAGCAACAGCCUGUCUACUACACCACCACCCCUAUGAUUCAGCCGAUGCAUUACGUAGUCCAGCCACAGGUUCAGAAUACUGUACUUCUGGCAGAGGCACCAUCCACCAACCUGCAAGGCAUGGUCCUGGUUAAUGGAACCCAGACUCUACCUUCCCAAGGCAUGAUGGUCCAGGGGCAGACCAUGUCCACUGCACAAGCCCAGGGCCCAGGAAUGAUGCUGGUAGGAGGGAGUGGAGUCCACACUGGCAUCCCCUCUGGCGCCCAGACCAUGAUGGUCGUGGAAGGCAGAGUCCCUGCAGGGUCAUUAAAGAGGAUGAGGGGAAGCCAGACCAGCAUGAUGCAGGGGGGCACUUUACAGUCAGGUGGCUUUUCAGGGACUCAGAGAGUCAUGGUGGUUGGAGGGCCGACAAGCAGCCAAGGGCAACUGAUCCAGGAAGCAGGAGCUCUGUCCCCGACUAAUCUGGUCCCUGGCUCUUCAAGAGUCAGUAAGGGCAGCACAUCUGCUGGCUCUCGCAGUAGUUCAACCACCACCACUGUGAGCACAGGUCCCGCCUACCGCAAGGUGGUAGUGAAGGAGUCCAAAGAAAUUCGCUGAUUGAGACACUGUAAAGACCUUUUCAGUGACGCCAAAAAGACUUUAUCUUCUCUUGCGUGGUUAAGCUGGUGAUGGGAAUGCUUGUGGGAGUUAAAUCAUGCAAAAUUGUUAAUAGAGGUGCAGGGCAGGUACCCCACUCUUCUGUAUUUAAAUUUGGCAUAGCAAUAAAUAAAUAAAAAGUUUUUUAAAAUAAAUACUCCAACCAGGAAAUGGGAAAAUAACUAAAACUGGAAAAAUAUAACUGAAAAUUUUAAAUAGUAAGGUGCCUGUCUGAAAUUAUUGAAGCUAACUAUCCAACAACGUUACCCUGCCCCACAUCUCUACUGCUUUGUAUUUUGCUGGCAUUGAGCACUGCACCACAGCCACCUCCAGAACCCCCCUUCCCCCUUUUUUGAAAUGUCUUACAUCAUAAUACAUUUUCAUUAUUCUUAGUAACAGUUGUCUCUCCUUAUUGUCACCUUUAUCUGAAGUGACAGAAUGUACACACACUGUGUUGCAAGAUGGAAAACACAGCAAUAUUAAAAAUCAUACUGCAGCUUUAAAAUUAUCGUAUUUUACUUCAAACUAUCGUACAUAUUUAAAAAAAAAAAAAAGAAAACAAGACGGGUCCUUAAUACCACACUGAAUGGCACAACUAUGCCCUGCACACUAUAUACUGUAAAUAAACGAACAAAGGGACAAACUAUAAAAGUGUUGUUUGCUUACUGCUCCACCUCCAGCCGCUGUGUAGUUGAGUUAGUAGCAUCUUAAGUUGUUAAGUUGUGAUGUGCGUUUUUCUACAGUCUGUCUGGCAUAACGAACCACGGGUGUUAACAGGGCAUCAGGUGAUGAUCUGAUUGGCAGGUAGAGCCUGGCAGCAGAGAGGGGGGUCGCGCUGCUCAGGUGCUAAAUGGUGCGUAUGUGAUGGCCAUCUCAGUCAUGCUGAUGUGAUUGGUUGCUCUCAAAUCCCAAACAUUUUUUGAUUGUAUGGACAUUGAAAUUGCAAAAUAAUUGUACUUUUUCUGCAAUUAGUGAUCGUACAGAGGGCUAAAUGGUACAAAUACGAUAGUUAUCGUACAUCUGGCAACACCGUACACAUACAACCAUGUCAAGCUUGUCAAUGUGUGUCUAUGUUAUUUUUUUAUGUCUCUUGUCUUUUGGUUACAGUUCCAUUUUGUCUGUUGUUUUGCACAAAUAAAAUCAUUUUGAAACAUUU